CUAUAAAGGGCGCCAGCCGGCGCUCACGGGCACUGCGCCCCGCCCGCCGCCUCCCUCCGCGCUCUGCCACCUGCCCGCCCGUCGCUAACUGCCCCGACAUGGGUCGACAGAAGGAGCUGGUGAACCGCUGCGGGGAGAUGCUCCACAUCCGCUACCGGCUGCUGCGCCAGGCGCUGGCUGAGUGCCUGGGAACCCUCAUCCUCGUGAUGUUUGGCUGUGGCUCCGUGGCCCAGGUCGUGCUCAGCCGGGGCACCCAUGGUGGUUUCCUUACCAUCAACCUGGCCUUUGGCUUUGCCGUCACCCUGGGCAUCCUCAUUGCUGGCCAGGUCUCCGGGGCCCACCUGAACCCCGCUGUGACCUUUGCCAUGUGCUUCCUGGCGAGAGAGCCUUGGAUCAAGCUGCCCAUCUAUACCCUGGCGCAGACCCUGGGAGCCUUCCUGGGCGCUGGGAUCGUUUUCGGGCUGUACUAUGAUGCAAUCUUGGCCUUUGCUGACAACCAGCUUAUAGUCUCGGGCCCCAACGGCACAGCUGGCAUCUUUGCCACCUAUCCUUCUGGACACUUGGACAUGGUCAAUGGCUUCUUCGACCAGUUCAUCGGCACAGCCUCCCUCAUCGUGUGUGUGCUGGCCAUUGUGGACCCCUACAACAACCCGGUCCCCCGGGGCCUGGAGGCCUUCACCGUGGGCCUGGUGGUUCUGGUCAUUGGCACCUCCAUGGGCUUCAACUCUGGCUACGCUGUCAACCCUGCCCGGGACUUCGGCCCCCGCCUCUUCACCGCCAUCGCCGGCUGAGGCUCGGAAGUGUUCACGACCGGCCGCCAGUGGUGGUGGGUGCCCAUCGUCUCCCCGCUCCUGGGCUCCAUUGCGGGAGUCUUCGUGUACCAGCUCAUGAUCGGCUGCCACCUGGAGCAGCCUCCACCCUCCACUGAGCAGGAGAAUGUGAAGCUGGCCCACGUGAAGCACAAGGAGCAGGUCUGAGUGGGCAGGGCCACCCCUGCCCCUCCCCCUGGAGCAUCCACUGACUGUGCAGGGGCUGCUCCCUGGAAGUCCCCCUCACGACCUCCCUCCAGUCUGAGAAGCUCCUUGUCUGCCCCCACCCCUCUGGACAGUCCCUCCAGGACUUUCCACUGGCCCCUGCCCACAUAGGACUUCAGGCCACUGUCCUUAAACUGUGAUGGACAGAGCGUAGGGCCAACAGAACUUUGUCUCCCCAAGGGAGGGAAUGGGCAGCGGGUACGUGAGUGUGUGCGUGUGCUUCUGUGUGUGAGUGUGUGUGUGUGUGUGUGUGUGUGUUUCCCCAGAUAUUCAGGGCAAAGGACCAAGUGGAAGGAUUUUAGCUGGGGGUGAGGGGGUUAAGGGGGGUUUGGGGGGGAGUGAGGAAAGUGUCAGGGGCCUGCAUGUUUCAGGGGCUGCAGGUGGAGGAGGGUCCAGAUAUGUUUCUGAGUGCAUGUGUGUCUGCCCUGUUUUCCAAGCAGGGGCUCAGGGGAGGCCUUGGGGAUGGUACGAGGGGAAUAUGGGCAGGGCUGGGAGGAGGGGGCCACAGCCCAGGUGUGAGCCGUUGACUGUAUAUAAGUAGGAGCUGAAUAACGUGUUUUGUCAUAAUGUAGGCAUGAGAAGUGGGGUGAAGUCCAGGUCAUAAGUUUCAUAUUUGCUCUUUUUUUAAAAAAACACACACAUAUAUAGCAGAUGUCUUAGUUUUAGGGGGGCGGGGUUGGAGACUCUAAAUUGGGUCUUUACUCUCUUAAUCCUCCACUCAAUACAUAUACUCUUGCUUUUAUAAAAAAACAAAACAACAACAAUAAAAUAUAUGCCUGAAACUGCC